UUCGGUGCCUGCCCGGCGUACAGGCCACACUCGCGUGUCCGCCGCCUUACUCAGUUCGAGUCAGAACGAGUCGAGUUUGACCUCAUCCCGCACCUGAUUUCCAUUGGAUAUCCCGAUCGCUGACUGCUGAGCUGACACAUCCCCUGCUGACAAUUUCCGUUCCGCUGCCGACCCCUCACCCCCUCCGCCCCCUCCGGUCCGAUCCAGCCCGAUAGGUGAACCUCAUUUGCAUCCACUUCCGAUUCACGAGACCCACCGCCUUAAAAUUCGCGCGCUCCGUCUGCCCUCACCACACCACUCGACGCCUGAGCUCCUGGCCAGUGCCCGCGGCGUUUUUCUGUGAGGUCAUCUGUGACGUCAUCGUCGAGGUCACCAAGGUCACUGAGAGGCUCCGUCAUGACCGUCGUCCGUCAGUAUGAAUUUCCGGCGGCCCCUUACCAGGACGAUGACGAUGAUAGCAGCAACAGCCCCCAGUCGAUCAGCACGAGCACCAAACUGCGAAGAUGGGCGGCGAACCGCGCCAGUCGACUCUGCUCGAAGGAGACGCUGUACGGCACGCUACCCAUCCUCACCUGGGGUCCCAAGUACACGCGCGAGGACCUGCUUGGUGACGUGAUUGCCGGCCUGACCGUGGGUCUGACCGUCAUCCCUCAGGGCAUCGCCUACGGCAUCCUGGCCGGCCUACCCGCUAACUAUGGUCUAUACAGCGCUUUCCUAGGCUGUUUCAUCUACUGCAUUCUCGGCUCGACCAAAGCGAUCACCAUCGGACCCACGGCUAUCAUGGCUCUAAUGACGCACGAGUACGGUUACCAUGGAAACCCGCAGAUGGCGACCCUGCUAACUUUCUUCACGGGAUUGAUCGUACUUGCUGCCGGCUUCUUGCAACUCGGUUUUCUGAUCGACUUUAUGUCGGCACCGGUGGUGUCGGGCUUCACGUCCGCUGCAGCCAUCACCAUAGCAACGUCGCAACUCAAGGGCAUCUUCGGCGUCAAGGUGCAUGGUGAAGGUAUCAUCCACACAUUCGAGGAUCUGGUCAAGAACAUCGGUGACACCAACUAUAACGACCUGGCGCUGGGCAUCACGUGCUGUCUCAUCCUCAUUGCCAUGAGGGAGAUGAAGCGUAUUCAGGUGGUGGGGCCUGGCCACGGCAACAGUCGGACGCGCGAAAUCCUCCAGAAGUUCAUCAAGUUCACGUCGAUCGCCCGAAAUGCUAUUAUCGUGAUGGCUGCAGCGGCUAUGGUUGCCAUUAUGCAGGCACAUGGUCUGAAGCCGUUCUCGAUGACAAAGUCUGUCGAGGCCGGCCUGCCGACUCCGUCACCACCGGCGUUCUCCAUCUGGGACCCGUACCAGAACCGUACCAUGUCCUUCUCCGACAUGACGUCGGCCCUGGGCGCCGGCCUGGGCAUCAUCCCCCUGCUGGCGGUCAUCGAGAACGUGGCCAUCGCUAAGGCUUUUGCCGAGGGGCAGCGGAUUGAUGCCACCCAGGAGAUGAUCGCUCUGGGCAUCUGCAACCUGGUCGGCUCCUUCUUCUCUUCGAUGCCGGUGACAGGAUCGUUCAGCAGGACGGCUGUCAACAACAGCUCCGGAGUGCGCACGCCACUGGGAGGCAUCUUCACCGGUCUUCUGGUGAUGCUGGCUCUGCAGUUCCUCACGCCUUAUUUCGUGUUCAUCCCGAAGGCUACACUCUCGGCCGUCAUCAUCUGUGCUGUCAUCUACAUGAUAGAGAUCGAGAUCGUGCGGCCAAUGUGGCGCAGUAGACGUCUGGACCUGAUUCCGUUCUUUGCCACCUUCUUCACGUGCAUCUUCUGGGGCCUCGAGUACGGCAUCGGCGUCGGCACCAUGAUCAGCCUGGGCAUGAUCCUGUUCAAGGCCGCCCGACCCAAGGUCGUCAUCACCGAGAAAAAACUGCCGGGUUCCUCGCAGGUAUACAUCUACGUGUACCCGGACUCUGGCCUGACGUACCCGGCCGCCGAGCACGUGCGGGCCGUGGUCACCGACGCCGCCGUCAUUCACGGGAACAGUGUGGAGCCGGUGGUGUUGGACUGUAACAACGUGCGCUACUCGGACUUUACCUCGGCUGAGUGUAUGAACCUGCUGGUGAAGGAGUUCCGCGAGCGUCACCAGCAGCUGAUCUUUGUCGGCAUGAAGCGCAGCAUUCGCUCGUGCUGGGACGGCGCCGGCCACUCGGACGGACGAGUCAGCUGUGCUACCGUGGCCGACGCCGAACAGCUUAUCGCCGAUCACUGCAACGCCCCCGAGGUGAAGGUGGACGGCGCUGGCGGCACGGAGGCCACGGCGUGAUCGCGCCACCUGUCGCAGCGCGGCGCAGUAAAAGUGUGCGCCGCGGCCGCUAGGCGGCAGCACAGUCGGCCGGCCAGCCCGCCCGUUGUUUGUAGCGCUGUGGUCCGCGGCGUGGAGUGACGCGGCUCUGCGCCAAACAGACGGACCGAGUCAGUAUUGCGGAGCGCUGGAAGACGGAGGACCGACUCUUGCCCGCCUCUGACCAGUGUCCAGUGAGAGAGAGAGAGCGAGGAGCGCGCGCUCUUAUGCCGGAGAGAGCAUAGGAGUGGUGGGGAGAGUGUGGGAGGAGACGCAUCCGCCGCCGCCUAAAGCUGCGCAGAGAGAACCGCUGCGGAUGGCGCGAAUUACUGUCCGAAUACAUGUGCGCGAUGGCGCGCUUUUCCAAGUGGAGUUCGUCCAUUUAGAUUGAUUGUGACGGAAAAGUGGUCUAAAUGUCGAUUGUGAGGAUUAUAUUUUGAAUAUUUAGCCCAGUUGUCGCCUGUACCGGCUAACCUAUCGCCGGUUACGUGUUUCGCGUUGUGUGUCUCGUGUAAAGCAUCAUCGCAAUUCGCGAGCGAUGAGCUAUGUUACGUAUUCUUUUCGGUAGUGUUCUAUACUAGAGCGUUUUCACUCUACAUCCGGUUGGACCAAGUAGGUAAAGUGUAGUCUCGGAUGAGGUGUGUCGUGUCGUGUGCGAAAUGAUGUGCCAUGCUAGCGUACUGCAGUCCACGUGAAGUUAUUUGAGGCGUCAUUCACUUUUUACACUUUCUGUGCGUCCGUAUUAUUUGUUGGUCUUUGUGAUUUUGUUAAUCGUGUAGUUUCUGUUUUCUUCGUGAAACUAAAAGAUAAAAUCGAUUUGUUGUGAAUGGGCGACGAGAGAACGGCCAUUGAUGAUUAUUUCAUUCACGUGUGUACGAGUGCGUAAUAUUGCGUAAUAUUAACUCAUUCCACUUUAGUGCCGCUCCGAACAAUGGGAGACGCUUCGAGUUUUAACGAGUUAAUUAUGAUAAAAUAUUUUAAAACUGAUAUAUUGACACACGGCACUAUUUUAUCGAUCGUUUUCUUUGACCCCUCUUGAUUGAUUCAGCCUGCCGCGCGCGUGUGUGUCUGUCCGUUAUAUCUGUUUUUAUCUGUCCUUGUCUGCAUGUUUGUGUGUCUGUGUGCGCGGCAACUGGCUGACCAAUUCGCUUACGAUGCGUGCUGACUAUGUAUUUUUGCCUAUAUAAGCAUUAUGCAGUGAAUUGUGCUGUAAUAUACCGCGCAUCGCAUA